AUGGCGAUAAUAACUUGGGCAUCCACUCUGGAAAUUGAACACGAUGCAAAGUACCCUUCGCAAUACCACUCAACCCGCUGCUUCCAAGUAGCACUCCACGACCCACAUACCACCAAAGCGCUCGGAGUGUCGGCUGGUGGGAGUGGUUGGUUGGCGGCAUGCAAUGCUGAAAGCGAGACCGGCAUCGUACAUGCAUGUGCUGUGCUGUACCGGGUACUAUUCAGACGUCGUAUCGACUGCGUCCUCUCAUAUGGUGCUGUACAGAGCACUGCGUACGGGGUACACAUGUCGUCGCGGCGCGGUACGGGAUCCCCAUCAGCCCCUGUCCAUCAGCAACAGAUAUUGGAAGAUGUUGGAGGGAUGGCGGAGAGGGCGACCAUUCUCACUCUUCUCCCGCCCUCUCCUGGUCCGGCAAGUUCACCACUAUCAUGUCGUGACGCAGAUGAAGGAGGAGACAUGCAACCUCACGAACCCCACCUCAGUCACUUGAGCUCACUCUGGCACCUAUCCCACACCAGGUCUACGGGAACGGAUGUUGCCACCAUCACCACCAUCACCACCAUCACCACCAUCACCACCACCACCACCACCCGUUGCGCCUUGCCGAUCGUUGGACAGCAGCCCUCUGUCAGCCGUCAGAACGAGUCACAAUUGUCAUCUGGGUUGAUAAUGUCCUUGCUGACCAAAACUAACUCAGGCAUCUCAGAUGUUGAGAAGAGAGAUCUUUCUGAUGCAGUGUCUCUGGCUGCUAUUCUAGCAGGUAGCCGAGAGUGGGACGAUGAUGAGGCUACUACUCCGUAG